CCCUUGCUCAAGGUUGACACACACACCACGAAAUCAUGUAACACAAUAAAGCCUUUCUUGGUCACUAACCAUAAAACUCAGACGUCAUGACUUCAUAGGGAUAAUCUCAGUUGCAUCCUCCUCGUGUCCGCUCUCCUCGCCUCCUUCUUAAACCCAUUGGAUGAGAAAGUCAGAGGUCCCGCCCCUCUAACCUUCUCCUCUAAUGGGUUUUGAGGAGGCGAGGGGAACGGACGCACGCAAACUGCCUUUUCUCAUGCAGGUUUCCGUAGAAUGUGCCGACGCGUACAGAUUCUCCAUUAUUUUCACCAGAUACACUAGGGGCCGCUCUGAAAAUGAAAAUAAAUGUAUUAAAAAAUGGAAGGCAGUCGGGACAAUUCCAGCCAAGGAGAGUUAAGAUACGCGCAUAAACAACAGCCACAAAGUCAAAAUUGGCUAGGCCUAUCGUAAAAAUGAAUGAAAACAAAAAUUCGUUUUUUGGUUUUGAUUUAAGGUUAGGCAUAAAUUUAGCACUGUGGUUAAGGUUAGGUUUAGAAUCACAUUUUAAGAAGAGAAACGAUAGAAAUAGGCGGCUUUAUGACUUUAUGGCUGUGGUAACUAGUGACGACCAGGCCCAACUCCGAUAUAGAGUGUUAUUUCUCAAAGUUGCCUGGAUGUCAUGUGUCCUACUUAUAUCAGUGCACUCGUAACAACCUAAUCAUUACGAAACUUAUAUUCGAUCAAAUAAACCACACUUAGGAAAUAAUACAUUCCAUGUUUUAUUAACCAAAUUCGACACUCUUUGACCUCCAUACAAAAAACGCCACCUGCUGGAGAAGACCGAUUUUGGGCCCAAUGAUCUCUCUGGUAAACCACGACUCGUCCCAUGGGUAUGAGGGUCGCUGUUUACUGAAGUUGGACACAGUGUAAUUGCUACAAGGUUAAUCUCAAAACGGAUACAUCUAAUCAGUUGUUCAUCAAAAGCAGCCAGGUUUCCCCCUCACCUCCACUGGCAGACCGAUCAUCGUCAGUCAGAGCCCAGUCCCGCUCUCCACCCUCUCCUCCGUGCAGCGGAUCACCCAGUCGCUUCUCCAGCCGAGCCCUGGACCAACGCAGUCCUCUCUCCAUCCGCAGUGCCUCAGUAGUCCUCUCUCCAUCGCCCUAUCCCCCCCUACGCCCCCUCCCCAGGCAGUCAGGGCUCCACACGGGCCAGGCACCUCAAACCCUCCCGGUCCUCAGUGUCAGCCCUCAGUGAGGUGUGCUCCCUGGUGGAGCUCUUCUCUGAGGCCCUGGAUGCUCUGGCGGAGCUCUUCUCUGAGGACCUGCCCUCCAAUGAUGCCGUCAGUGAGAGAAGUGGAGUCUCUGAUGAAUUCAACAUUAAUAUUUUGUCACUGGACGACCUCGCACCGGUCACGCUUGGAAUGUCGGAGAAAACAAACAACAACAAAAAAGGUGGGUGAUAAUGACAGCCAGUGGUGAUAAUGACAGCCAGUGGUGAUAAUGACAGCCAGUGGUACUGGAGGUGUGAGGAGAGGAUCCCAUCAGUAGAGCCUAGGGAGGACUACAAGAGUGACAUUGAGAGUGAGAUCAAGACUGAAACAGACAGGAGUAGUGUCAGCGAGAUCUCCGAGCACCUGGGAGACAGAGAUGGGGACAAAGACGCGUUGGAGGUCAGCAAGGUCAUGGACUACAGCGUCUCAGACACAUCUUGGAGCGACAAGUACUCCAGUGUCUCGGAGAAGGACAGUCAGUCCCACAUCACCCACACAGACUACAGUAGAAUCGCUGAUUCAUUCAGUGGCAGCAGGGCUUUCUAUUCCAGAUCAUCUCGCUCCCACUCUGUGGCUGAAACGAUCAUGCCGUCUCAAGUUUUGAAGAGACGCUGGCCCAGGUGUGUGAGAGAGGCCCCGGUGCAGACCCAACCAGACGGACUGGCCUUCACCUGGUCAGCGGUGCAGACCCAACCAGACGGACUGGCCUUCACCUGGUCAGCGGUGCAGACCCAACCAGACGGACUGGCCUUCACCUGGUCAGCGGUGCAGACCCAACCAGAAGGACUGGCCUCACCUGGUCAGCGGUGCAGACCCAACCAGACGGACUGGCCUUCACCUGGUCAGCGGUGCAGACCCAACCAGACGGACUGGCCUUCACCUGGUCAGCGGUGCAGACCCAACCAGACGGACUGGCCUUUACCUGGUCAGCGGUGCAGACCCAACCAGACGGACUGGCCUUUACCUGGUCAGCGGUGCAGACCCAACCAGACGGACUGGCCUUCACCCGGUAUGGCAGCCCUAGGCCGGCGGUUGGGAUGGCCUAUGUGGAUGAAACCCGAGGCGAGUCACCGUCAGUGCAGAGGCCGUGGAGGGUGUGUCUUUACAGCCAGGGUUCAGAUGAUAGAGGCAGAAUUCUCACUCAUAAAAAAAACAAUAAAAGCAUAUAAUAAAAUUACUCAGUUGAGCCUCAAACUUCUAAAGUAGUUUUGGGAUUUUCUGCUACAACACGAGUCAUGCUACAGUAGUUGAUGCACUGUUCACCCAGUUAUUUAUAUAUACACUCGAUGAUUGACAGGUGGCGAUGUUUUGAAGCCACUGUGCCCAUACCAUCUUGGCACUCCCCCACCAUUGUAAUUUUUUUUAAGGGAGCUAUAGAAAUGCAUCUAUUAAUAUCUACAUUUGUUUUUGCCACAUUUAUUCCAUUAUAGACACCUUAAUGCAUACUUUUAAAUUAUAUUAUGUGAGCUAAACAUACAAAUAAAAAAAUAUAUAAACCAUUUUCCGUAAAUGCAUGUCAU